AUGGCGAUCAUGCAGGCAAUGCUGGCAGUUGUGCAGGCCAGGGGGGACUGUGCCAAGACUCUGCAGGCAGGAAGAUGCAGGAUUGCGUUUCUUCUGAAAGGCCCAAUGGUCUUGGUUGGCCUGUCACGAGUUGGGGAAGCUUCUGUUUGGCUCACCAGGCAACUGGAGCUCAUGUAUUUUCAGAUUCUGUCCCUUGCUACUGGAGCUUUGCUUCGCGUGCUGGAGCGGAACCCAGGGUCAGAUGUGCGCAAUCUUGUGAAGGGCAGCCAUGGGCUGCUGGAAACAUUGAUAGGAGGAUUUAGCAGCAACCCGUCCUACCUCCUUGAGGCCUUUUGCCCUGUGCGAAUGAGGGCAGACCUGAGGUCGACAGCAGCGGAUGCAUUGAACACAGCUGUAAAGCAUUGCGGUGCGAAGUGUGGAAUGCUCUUGGUGUCCAAUCAGCUUGUAGCUUUAUCCCAAGACAAGAGUGCCCCACUCCAUGUUCAGGACCUUAUCCUGCUUAUCAAUUUUGUGGUAUCCAACAGCCAAUACAGGGAGCGGGGAGGAGCUGAGUUUAGCACACCUAUCUGCAUGCCGCACCUCCACAUGACAGCAUUUCUCCAUGCCUACAUUUACUGCAUAGACCCAGCAUCAGGCAUCGUGGUGAUCUUCCUGAUGACCCACCAAGACACCUUCCAUUUGGGGUCUGUUGCCCGAGUGGGCAUGGAGAAGGUUCUGCAUGAGGCAGGGGUGCUCCAAGUGCUGAAGGGCGUUUCUGGUGGCCACAGUAUGGGACAAAUCCAGAUAGAGGAUUUGCCCCUUGUCGCAGGUGGCGGGAAAGCAAGGGCAUCUCCACUGCAGUAUUUCAUAUUCUUGUCAAAGUCAAAGACAUGCCCUCAGUUUGUGAGCUCCAAGGCAGGCCCCCUGCAGCAGGACAUGGACAGCUUCAAGCACAUGAUGCGGUCUCUGUCCUGUGCCUAUUCUGCCAUGUUUGAGGGGCACAUGUCGAUGUCACUUCCACUACAUCAGACCCACUGGCAGCUGGACGACCACUAUGCGAUCUUCGCCCAGGUCGACCAAGACUGGGAUUGUUACCUGGUAUGCGACGCUUUGACAGACAAAGGUCUUGCUGUGAAGAUUUGUAGGCAGCUGUCCAACCAUCUGUUGAUGGAGCCCCUGCGUUCCGAGCUUUUCAUACAUGACUGA